AUGACUUCGGCGCGGGAGGCGGCUGGUUCCCCCCCGCUGCACCCCCCGGGCGGCGGCCGCCCCCGCAGCGCCCUGGACCAGCUCCCGCCGCCCGCCAACUCCAACAAACCCCUCACCCCCUUCGGCAUCGAGGACAUCCUGGGGCGGCCCCGUGGAGGCAGCCCCCCAGGGCCCGGCCCCGCCGCGACCCCGGCCCGGCUCUCCGAGAAGGCGGUGGGACCCCGCGGCGGCGGCUGCGCCCCCAAUUCGCCCCUCUGCGCGUUGGAGGAACUCGCCAGCAAAACCUUCCAGGGGCUGGAGCUGGGCGUGCUGCAGGCGGCCGAAGGUCGGGACCCGCUGUGCUCCGCGGGGCAGCGCCCACCCUGCAAGAAACGUCGCAAGUCCCGGACGGCGUUCACGGCGCAGCAGCUGCAGGCGCUGGAGCAGAGGUUCCGACGCCAGCGAUACCUCUCCCCCGCAGACCGGGACGCACUGGCGGCGGCGCUGGCGCUUUCGGCGGCCCAGGUCAUCACCUGGUUCCAGAACCGGCGGGCCAAACUCAAGCGGGACCUGGAGGAGCUCCGCGCCGACGUGGCCUCGCUGCAGGCGCUGCCCCCCGACGCCCUGCAGCAGCUGGGGGCCCUCAGCGAGCCCGCACCGCGACCCCCGGGUCCUGGUCCCGGUCCCGCCGAGCUCUCGGAGGAGGAGAUCGACGUUGGGGACUGA